GUAAAAUCCCACUCCAACCAUCAAAAUUGGAUAAACUUUCCUCACUAACCCUACGCGGCCACGCCUGUCUUCUUUUUUCUUCUUCACUCCCAAUUUCUCCCGCCGGUGAAGUGCAAAACCUGCCGGAGGCGACGGAAGCCUCCAUUUCCGUUGCGUAGCUGCAAGGUUAAGUGGCAUUUACCACUCCAUGGCCUUCAUCAAAUUAAGAUUAAGCUUAUACCGCUCUCUCUCCCCCUUGUCACGUUUCAGACUAUACUCCUCUUCGUCUGCUCCGGCUAUAGUCUCAGAAGCUCAGCUCGGACAUGACACAGACGAUGACGCCGAAGUUCCUCAAAACACCGACCUAUCCCCUGAAGAAACCCUAAUCGCCGAUGAAUUUCACGCCCUGAUAAAAGACCAUUACCGGAGAAAUCCAAACCCUAACGCCGCCCCUGCUGAUCCCAAUCUCACCCUCCCCGACCUCGCCGCGGAUUUCUCAAAACUCUCCCCCACGUACUCGGUUUCCCCCUCCAUCGCUCGCAGCGUGAUCCAGAAAUGCGGCGGCGUCCGCCAUGGCACCCCCUUCCUCCAAUCCCUAGCGUUUUUCAACUGGGCCACCUCCCUCGACGGCUUCCCCUCCUCCCCUGACCCCUACAUAGGAAUGAUCGACCUAGCCGGAAAGCUGCGGCAGUUUGAUUUGGCUUGGCAUCUGAUCGAACUGAUGAAGGCUCGCAGCAUCGAAAUUACGUCCCUACCCUUCUCCCUUCUCGCCCGGCGUUACGUCAGAGCCGGAUUCCCCGCAGAAGCUGUCCACACCUUUCAUCGAAUGCAGGACUUUGGCUGCACUCCUGAUAAGGUAGCAUUCUCCAUUGUUAUCAGUAUCUUGUCCAAGAAGAGAAGGGCAAGCGAAGCUCAAUCAUUUUUCGACAGCCUUAAGCAUAAAUUCCAGCCUGAUGUUGUAAUCUACACCAGCUUAGUUCAAGGAUGGUGCCGCGCCGGUAACAUUGAGAAAGCCCAGGAGGUUUUCAAUGACAUGAAGCUUGCUGGAAUCAAACCCAAUGUCUACACUUACAACAUUGUGAUUGAUGCGCUCUGCCGCUGCGGUCAGAUUACUCGUGCCCAUGAUGUUUUUGCAGAUAUGAUUGAUGCAGGGAUUAAUCCCAAUGUUGUUACUUUCAACAAUCUCAUGCGCGUUCAUGUCAAGGCUGGAAGGACUGAGAAGGUCUUGCAAGUUUACAAUCAGAUGAAGAAGCUAGGGUGUUCUGGUGAUACGAUCACGUACAAUUUCAUUAUACAGAGUCAUUGUAAGGAUGAGAAUCUUGAUGAAGCCACCAAAGUUCUGAAUUUGAUGGUCAACAAAGGGGUUGCUCCAAAUGCCUCGACUUUCAAUCCGAUUCUCGGGUGCAUAGCAAAUGCUAAGCAAAAAGAUGUAAAUGCAUCUCACAGGAUGCAUGCCAGGAUGAAUGAAUUGAAGUGUGAGCCCAGCACGUUGACGUAUAAUAUAUUGAUGAAAAUGUUUGUUGACUUGAAAUCGAUCGAUAUGGUUCUGAAACUAAAGAAGGAAAUGGAGGAGAACCGAGUGGAGCCUAACGUGACCACAUACAAAGUUUUGAUCUCAAUGUACUGUGAGAUGGGACACUGGAACUAUGCCUACCAGUUUAUGAAGGAGAUGGUGGAAGAAAAAGGCUUAAAACCGAAUUUAUCUAUUUACAAAAGGGUCCUAGAGAUUCUGAGGAAUGCGGGACAGCUUAAAAAGCAUGAGGAGCUGGUGGAGAAGAUGGCUGCGAGGGGAUAUGUGGUUCGCCCUUUGUAGAAAGUAGCUUUGAUAGUGUGUUUUAGAACAACUUUUGAGCUUCUACUCCACCAAAAAUGCAGUUUUUGAGUUUUUAAGGAUCUUCUUUAGCUUAUGGAUUGCGGUUCCAGAAGUGCAAAUUGAGCUCUGGAAAUGCUUUUUAAGCAAAACUAAGAGUAAGUGUUUUCAGCUUUCAAUCCCAUAUAUGGAAUUUUAGUUUAGAUUGUUUCAAUUCUCAUGCUUUGUUAGGGUAAAUUUGUUUUGAAGCUCAUUUGUGGGCACCAAUCCAUUUGAUUACAAUUGCGUAGAGCUUUCCUUGUCUCUUAUUCUCUUCUCUUGAUCAUCAAUCCAAUAACCAUUGCAUUGCAUAUUAAUGCAAUGGAAUAAUACUUACUCCGGGGU